CUGGCGAUAAACUGUGUCUUCGCCAUAUUUGACAUUUCUGGCAACGAGGAGAGGAGUUGGACUCAAAAAAUCAAACAAAAGCCCCUUAAAAUUAUCAAUAUAUAGGUCUCCUAAUCGAAAAAGCCUUCCCAUGAAGGCUAUGGAAUAUAGAAGUGUUGUUUAUAAUGCCGCACGGGACGGCAAAUUGAAUCGUCUGAAGAUCUUCCUCGACCACAAAUCGAAGGAAGAAAUAGGGAAACUUGUACACGCAAAAACAAAUGGGGCUACGCCACUCAUAAUGGCAUGCCGUAAUGGCCAUUUAGAAGUUGUUAAAUAUAUCAUAGAACAAUGUACUGCUGAAAUUGAACAAGUAGGAUCCGUGACAUUUGAUGGAGAGACUAUUGAAGGGGCACCACCUUUGUGGUGUGCGGCUGCUGCUGGUCAUUUAGACAUUGUGAAAUAUUUGAUACAAAAGGGAGCAGGGGUAAACAAAACUACAUACACUAAUUCAACUCCUCUUAGAGCUGCUUGUUUCGACGGACACUACGAAAUAGUAAAACACCUAGUGAAUAAUGAAGCAGAUAUUGAAAUUGCAAACCGACAUGGUCACACCUGUUUAAUGAUAAGCUGUUACAAAGGUCAUAGAGAGAUCGCACAGUAUUUAUUAGAAUUGAAUGCAGAUGUCAAUAGAAAAAGUGUGAAAGGUAACACUGCUUUACACGACUGUGCAGAAUCAGGAAGUUUGGACAUCAUGAAAUUAUUAUUGAAACAUGGGGCAAAAAUGGAAAAAGAUGCAUAUGGAAUGACACCCUUAAUGGCAGCAAGUGUGGCAGGAUUUUCGAAAAUAGUAGAAUUCCUGAUUGGAAGACAGGAAUGUACAAAACAUGAACGAAUAGAUGCUUUAGAAUUACUAGGUGCAACGUAUGUGGAUAAGAAAAGGGACAUGUUAGGUGCCAUCAACUUCUGGAGACAAGCAAUGGAAGAUCGUUCAAAUGAACCUCCUUUACCAAAGCCAAAACAGGGGUCACAGGUAGCGGCAUACGAAAACUCAGAAGAAGUGACAAAUCUAGAAGAAUUAGAUGAACUUAUUUCAGAUCCUGACGAUAUGAGAAUGCAAGCCCUUUUAGUGCGUGAACGAAUUCUGGGGCCAGCCCAUCCAGAUACAUCAUACUAUAUACGUUAUCGAGGUGCAUUAUAUGCGGAUAUGGGAAAUUUUGAGAGAUGUAUAAUGCUCUGGAUGUAUGCAUUAGAUAUGCAGCAGACAGUGUUAGAACCUCUAAGUCCAACCACACAAAGUAGUUUUCUUUCGUUUGCAGAAUUGUUUUCGUUUAUGAUGACAGAAUGGAGGAAUCGACCAGCUCACUCUAUAGCUUUCAAAGACAUUCAUAAUGUGCUUUUACGUGCGAUAAUGGAAUUAGAGAAAGGGAAAGCUGAUGAAACAGCUGACAAAGACAGCAGUCAUUUUAGCAGACUACUUGUGAUAAUUAUGCACCUCUUAUGCUUAAUGUGCCGUUUACAGAAGAUCAUGAAAAAAGCUGAAGACCAUUCAUUUAAAGAGGUCGUUUAUAAACUAGUUCGCAUGAAACCCAUUGGCACUAAAGGUUUUUCUCCUUUGCAUUUGGCAUGUUCAAGGGAGACAACCAAUGUUGGACGAUAUCCUGUUUGUUCAUUUCCCUCUGCCGACGUAGCCCAACUUCUAAUGGAUGUUGGUGCUGAUGUAAAUGCUAUUGACCUUGAUGGAAAUUCACCUUUACAUAUAGCCUCAAGCAAUCGACCGUGUAGGUCAGAGGUUAUACGUACCUUGUUAAGGAAUGGAGCUCACUUAGACAGAUGCAACAAAGACAGAAAAACACCAAUGCAAUUGAUAAGGGGAAUGUCGAUUAAUGACAUCGUUUCACCAUUAAAUUAUUUGACGCUACAAUGUCUUUCUGCAAGAAAAAUUGUAAAAUGUAAUAUAUCGUAUAAAGGACAGAUUCCUAAAAAGUUAGAGACUUUUAUAGAAAUGCAUUAGAAUGAAUUGUAAAGUGAUUAUCAAAUGCUUUUGAAUGUGAUAUUUCUUUUAAAAUCAGUUCUUAAAUUAUGAAGUUUAAAAAACAAAACCUUAAGAAGAACCAAAACAAAAUUUAUAUUUUGUAGAUACAUGUAAUAGUUUCUUACAAUUUUUGAUCACAUAAAGAUAGUUUUUAAUAACAUUAAAAUCAGAUAAAUACAAGUAUGUUAAUGCUUAGUUAAUACAAAAUGUACAUGAAAACAGUACAUGUGUUAAAACUAUGAAUCGGUUAUAUUUUAUAUUAAGUGUCAGCAGAUGUACAAAUGUCGGGUGGGUGGAGGUCAAAUCACAUACAAUGUACUUGUAUGGGCUUUCAAGAUUGUUAUCAUCCAUUGAUUAAUUUAUGAAUUGGUAGGAAAGAGUAAAUAUUUCUUUUUCUGGUACAAAUGUACAUGUACAUGUAGGAGGCAAGGGUAUCUUGAACAUUAUGUGCUACAUAUGUGCACCUCCAUUGAUACAUGUAACUAUGUUUGAAUGACCAGUUUGUGAAUGUUGUGAUAUCAGCACAUGCUCACCUGCAUUGCUCACCUGCAUAAUAACUAGAAAUUAACUCAAAAUCAAACUUUAUCAAAGAAUUUUGCAGUACAUAUAAUUUUAAAAUGUAAACUUGUUUGUACAAUGUAUCCAUUAUCAUGAUUAUUGUAAAUUCAGAAAUUAUUGUGAGGUUUUUAUUAAAGCGAAUAAUGCGACUGCAUGAUAUGCAGAUCACAAUAAUGAGAACUCGCAUUCUUAUAUCUGAUACAUAUAACUGUAUACAGAUUUUUCUGAAUUUGAAAUUAUUGAUCUAACAUUUUAUUCCAUUCUUCAAAAUUAGCAAUGAUAAAUGCAAGCAGUAAUUUUUGAAUUUACAGUAUUGUUCAAAACUGUUAGGCAAAUAAAUUUGUUUCUGGUACAUUUGUUGUGAAACCAAAUUAAAAUCUGGUAUAGUGCUGAUUGUAAAAAUAACAAAUUCUGUUCUGUUUCUGACCUUU